CCUACGGUGAUGUGCUAGGAAGCCGAGAAAUACAGCGUUGACCAGGUUUUGCCUACGAUCGCGGAACUGCUGGAGAAUUACGAGUAAGGAUCCGUGGGUGUUUUCUAAUCGAUUCUUGGUGGUGCGUUUAGUUUCUAGGUGAUGUUUCGUUCCCAAACGGGUCAGCGAACGGAACGGUGAAUGUUUUUUUUUUUUUCGAAAAUGGUGUUUGGUUCGAUGUUUAGUGGAUCAAAAAAAAAAUUAAGAUAACUUAAAUUGUUGUGAUGUUCAAUAAGUUCGUUGCAUUUGAGGGAGUUGAUAAUUCACGAACUGGAUUUAUAAGGCACUUGAAAAGUGAUUUUGUUUGAGAUUGCUACUGCAUGGAUUGUGACAUUGGAAGAAAAACUGGACUGUGCUGUUUUUUUUCUCUUAUUUACUCAACUAGUAAGAUCCAGUGAGUGUUGUAUGGAAUGCAUCAAAGUGUUUCGAAACUGGAUUCAUCGUGAUUGAUUUCAAAUGGAAUUCUGUGAAAGUUGUUCAACCUGUUAGGAUGCAAGUUACAUGAUACCAAAAAGCGCAGACAAAUUGGGAGCAUCGAAAUCUUUCACCCCUCCACCCGGCAUCUCUCUCAACAAUCAACUGGUUGAAAGUGCCUUUGUGAAUCCAGAGCGGACAGAAAACUAAAGUAUUUUCCCGUGUACCGAACUGGAUACAUUGCAAACGGCAUCCACUUUUCCCGGUUGGUCGCGCUGCACCCACAACAGCGCAGCUAACGAAACCAGCGCAAGAGAUUGAGACCGCAGGGUGGACCCCGACUCCCACCGACGCAAAACAUACCGCUAUUAUUUGGUUAGGCGUGAGCGGACAGCGGACAGUUCCUUCGGAUCCUUCCGACCGACCGAUCGACCGACCGACGACUACAGACAGUCCCGGAAGGCAGGCAGGCGAACAGUUGAAUUCAGUGCCUGUCCCUUCCAUCGCCACCACCACCACCACCACCUCGAUUUGCCGUGUCGGUUUUUACCUUUCUGUCACGCCGUUCGGCUGCCGACCGUCCACCAAAGGCGGGUUUGUUUGUGCGCGGUAGUAUCGAAGGAACCGUAGGCAAAACAUAACCAUAGCACAGUGAAGAAUACUAGUAGCAGUCAGAAGAGUGCCAAGAAAAAAUUAUAGCAAGUGAUGGUAAUCAUAACAACAUAAAGGCAACCGGAGCGGCCGAAGAAAAUGAGUGAAAUUACACAAAUAAAAAUAUGAAAAAGAAAGUGAAUUGAAUUUUAAUUUCAACCGGGCAAAGGAAAGAAGCGAAAGGGUGAACCGAAGAAAACGAAAUUCGACGCAGGGGAAAAUAAGGUUUAAAAAAAUUUAUCAAAGUGUGGAAAUAAAUAUCAACUGCGAAAACAUGCUUUUCCCAAGCCCUGGCCUUUGAUAGUGUUGAAGUGUGAGCGUAGUGCUAGUAAGAGAGCGAACCAAGGUAACGAUCAAUCCUAGCGGUGUGUUGGAGAAGAAAAGCUUACAACAGAGUUGAAAAAGUUGCGAAAAUAUAAGCAGUGGGUGAAUGAUCCAAGCCGUCCUCCGUAGUUCGCGUACUUUCGUCUCACUUGUUUCCUCUAGAGUGGCCGACACGUACCUACUCUUGAAGCACAUUCAUGAAGUGGCUGGCAAGUAUUGAUAAGACUUCAGUUCCAAGUAACAGCGCAACGCCACCGUCUGCCGUUACGCAAUCCCUUUUGACGCUCUGGGAAGGAGCCCACUAUUUUUCCAAACAUUCCGUAUGAAGUAAGAUGUUAGGUCCCACCAAAUGGAGACUCCUAACGAUAGUCGCCGGAAUACUACUCGCCCAUGCCAUUGAAUCGCCGAACAGCACCAAAAGCAACAAGCUUAAGGGUCAGGUGCAGACAUUUACAAACCCAGACCUCGGCCUACGGAUAGAGCACAUCGAGCCGUGGGGCAGCCGGAAAAUCACUUCUCGGAAUUUGCUCGUUCCACAUGACACCUUCUCCAACUUAGAUAACAUACGGUACAUAGACAGUCGGUCAGCCAACAGCCGUCUGCUGCGAAAUACUUUUGGAGCAUUUAGAUUCGCUGGACCAAUUCAACCGCCGCCAUAUCAGGAGCCUUUGCAGCAGCCUAUCACCGUUCAACAACGAAGAGCCAAGUCCUUCCAGAAUCGUCGCUCAGACGAUGCAGCACAACAAAGUGGAGUGCGAUUGACAGCAACAACAUUAUCGAACCCAGUUCGGAACUCCCAACCGUUAACUUACCAAGACGAAUCGCCAGCCAACGGACUUCAGAAUGUCACUCGCACUCGGCAGCAUCGUUACAAGUUCAUUCCAAUCGGGUACUUUUACCAAGAUUCCAAAACCACUCCAAACUUAACCCCAAUUAGGAACCCUCUACCACCCAAACAAACUCAGGAUGAUGAACCAGAUGAGUCAUCAUUUGCAGCCGUGGACUACCGGACCGAGGGUAACGAUACCGAAUCGGAUUCCAACGCGAUGGGUGCUCGCCGAUCCGGAAUUCAGUUCCCUCCCGGUCCGUACCAAGUGGCCAGUACAUUCACUCCCCAAGCAUACAAUGAAGAAAGCUUUGCCUUUAACGACAAUUUAGGAUUGUAUCAACGACCAAUCAAUACUGCCGAUGACAACGAGGAUACGGAACCGUACGACACCCGACAGCCACGGACACCAACGGCAGUUCCGACGCCGGAGCUUGAAACAGCGGAAACCUCCCGCAAUACGUACGCGAACCGAUACUUCCGGGAUCUGCAGCGACCUCAACCGACAUCGUCACUGGAUUUGCGUCCGGCAGAGUCAUUCAUACGUCCCAGCCGUCUGGUGGAGUUUCCCGGUGUGGUGAACGUGAAGCAACCAUUUCGGGAUGACGUCACCAAAUUCGGAGAUGCAAACGGGCCAAUAACGGCUGUACAGCGGCCCUACAUAGACUACGGCGACGGGAAACGGCUUCGGGCGAGUGAUCCGAACUACUACGUCGACAGUCCGUACCAAACCAAUCGGCACUACUUCCCGUCCAAGGUUUACACGGAACCGAAAAUCUAUCAACCGUGGAAGUCGCGAUCGCCACGGGUCGUAUUCCCGCAGGGUGACCUCUCCGGACCAUCUGGGUUCGGUGUCGACAAUGUUGUUUUUAGGGACCAAAACUUCGGCUUGAACGAGUUGGCUGCAAUCCAGGAUGUGCGGAACGAGUUCAACCAGGAUGACGACAUCAUCGAUGACCCGUCGUCGGCCAGCAAAGAUCGAGUUGCCAUCUCAGUAUCUAGACCCCGUUCUAUCCCAACCCGUUACCUUGGUCCCCACCCGGUAGUAGUUGUAGCAAGCCCACCCACAGUGAGUGCCAAAGGGCGAACCCGCGUCUAUCCGCCUCCCGGUGCAUCAUCAACUAUUAAAGCAUCUCAUCAAACAUCAGUCGGUGGUGACGGUGGUUUUCGGAUCGGGGUCCGAUCGGAGCUGCAGUGCCAGGACGAGGGCGGUAACUGCGAGUUCUUCCUGCUGUGCUGGAUGUCCGGCGGGCUGCUCCAGGGUACCUGCGGUGGACUGCUGAAGGGUUGCUGCCAUCGGACGGCCAAGUCGGCCAACAUCGGCAUCGGCACCGGCAACACGAUCGAUCUAACAAAUCUUCCAAAUUACGAUUACGGUCCGGUUGAGAAUGAUCCCAGCUGUGGUAUUUCGCUAGCGAAGCAGACAGCUCAGCGACGGAUUGUCGGCGGUGACGAUGCCGGAUUCGGAUCGUUUCCGUGGCAAGCCUACAUUCGAAUAGGCUCAUCGAGAUGCGGGGGUUCGCUGAUAUCACGGCGCCACGUGGUCACGGCCGGACACUGUGUUGCCCGGGCGACACCGCGUCAAGUGCACGUGACCCUGGGGGACUACGUGAUCAACUCGGCCGUCGAACCACUGCCAGCCUAUACAUUCGGGGUGCGCUCGAUCAACGUCCAUCCAUACUUCAAGUUCACCCCGCAGGCAGAUCGCUUCGACGUGGCAGUCCUCACGCUGGAACGAACCGUGCACUUUAUGCCACACAUUGCACCCAUCUGUCUACCGGAGAAGAACGAAGAUUUUCUAGGCAAGUUCGGCUGGGCAGCGGGCUGGGGUGCGCUCAAUCCAGGCUCGAGGUUACGACCGAAAACGCUGCAAGCGGUUGAUGUUCCUGUGCUGGACAACAGAGUCUGCGAAAGGUGGCACCGUUCGAAUGGAAUCAACGUGGUCAUCUAUCCGGAGAUGUUGUGCGCUGGGUACCGAGGCGGUGGAAAAGACUCCUGUCAGGGGGACUCUGGUGGACCGCUGAUGCACGAGAAGAGUGGGCGAUGGUUUCUGAUAGGUAUCGUGUCAGCAGGAUAUUCUUGUGCCACUCGAGGUCAGCCCGGAAUCUACCACCGCGUCGCCAACACCGUGGACUGGAUAUCGCACAUCGUACAGAUUACGCCCUAGGAAGUCGAUGGAACGAUCGCGGUGCAACGCGCUAAGUCAUACUUAUUUCAACAUUGAGGAAUGGUGUUCCAAUAGCUUAGGAUACGGCGAAUGGCGUUCGUUUUUCUCUAUUUGUUUCGAAUUACCCCCGCUGCAACAUUACUCACGGUGAUAGCGAUGCUACACGGAGAAAAAAAAACGCAUAUUAACCAGAAUCGUUCAGGAAAAUUUGAUCAACGCUUCGGCAGCAAUAGUUAAGUAUUUAUUGUGUUCCGGUUCUUUACCGAAUGAGCACAGCGGUUCAAAGGCGGCACAGCUUCUAAUUUUAGCUGCCAAUAUUUAUGCUUCCAAGAACCGUAGCGGUCAAAAUUCUUCUGCGCGCAAUUGUACCAUAAUCAAAAUCAAACGCCUCGGUGAAAUAGGAAAUGCCCUCAUCUUAAGCAAUGUAUGUACUAAAAUACCUGAUUGUGAUAUAUGAACUGACGAAAAAAACACGUAAGUGAUAGCAAAUAGUUCACAGGACAAAAAGUGUAAUCAAAUGCCAAGCCAGAGUGAGAGAGAAUGUAAAAGAGUUAACGUUGGAGGAGAAGAAAAAACGCUAAUAACAUGUUUCUGUGAAACUGUUCAAUUAGUAAGAUUCUGUACGUAGAUGUACAGUAAAGCAUCAACAGACUAAUUAAGAGUGAAAUACAAAACAAGAAAUAAGAUUUAAAAAAACAAAUCUGUCACUUACUAUACAGUUUUCUGGUAACAGAUUCGUGCAGGCCAUCGUUAAUACACAAAGGAGCGCACGAGGAAGUUUGAUAAGCGAAACCACCACAAAUGAGAACAAGUUACUGUUUUAUGUAAAUAUAAAACUUCUGUCUUUUCUAUCCACUCAACCGUAGGUUAGUGAAAUUAGGAGAAUCUUUAGAUUUUUAUAGAAAAAAAGCUCGCUGCGAUGCGAUGAAAGAAGACAAAAAAAAACGAGCCACCGUCAUUGUGGGAAAGUAAACAGAUUGUUACCAUGGAUAAUAUGACUAUUUUGUAAAAAGAAUAAACGAAUGAGAACAAAAUCAUCUUGAUACAAAAAUUCAAUCAAACCCGAUUGUAAAUCCGAUUGAUCGUGCUUUUAUACGUCAGAGUAGAGCAAAUUUUGUAUCGAACAGAAAGCUCACUCGCGAAUGUCUCAAGUAAAAAAAGUGCCUGGAUGUA